CGCCUGCCAAAGAGCCUGCAGAAUAAAAUAAGGUUGUUCAUCAAUUAUAAAUUUGGCGGGAAUUACAUGGAUGAGAAAUAUAUUCUGAAUACUAUCAACCAACAUAUCAAGCAAGAUAUCAACAUGCAUACUUGCCGGCGACUCGUUGUGACUGUACCGCUGUUUAAAGGGUUUCCCAUCAUGUUGAUUAAUACCAUCAUCUUUGCACUGAAGCAAGAAGUCUUUAUACCAGAUCAGGAGGUGAUAAAGCGUGGACAUCGAAUUGAUAAAAUGUAUUUCAUUUAUUAUGGAACUGUGGCGUUUACAGAUGAACUAGGCAAUGAGGUACAAUAUUUGAACGACGGAGCACAUUUUGGCGAGGAAGCGCUACUGCGACCCAAUGAGCCGGCAACGACCACCGUCACAGCGCUGGAGAUCAGCGAGAUAUACACUUUAUCGAACGCAGAAUUCACCGCGUGCGUCGAGCUUUACCCGCACAUACAAGAACGCUUGUCGGAGAAUCAACGGCGCUCGCUGGGGCGAAUCUUUCCCGGCCGACGACAGACAAACUCUUAAUCAGUUAAAGUAUACAUUUAUUUUCCAAGCUUUAGAUUUUUAUAAUAAACACAGUAUAAUAAA